AGGGAAGAUGGGGGGGGGCACUACGAGGGAGGAGACGGUGAGAGCAAGAGCAGACUGGCUGGGGAAGGGAGAGCCAGGGAUACCAGGCAGCUCCCCCGCGCCAUGGGGUGUGGGGGGCGAGGGGGAUUCCCCUCCCAGCUGCUAGUGGGGAUUUUUUUUUCUCCUAGAAAUGGUCAAAAAAGCUUGGGGGUGCGUUGGCUGGCGAACAACCCCUCAGAGCACAGAAGCUACAAGGCAAAUCUGCACAGCCAUCCCCCUUCCUUCUGUGCAACACCCCCCCCCCCCGCGCUUAUUAUUAGAUUAAAAAUAAAAAAAAGACCGACUCCUGAUUUUGGGGUCUGUUUCCUGAGUGUUUGGGGCUGCCCAGGGCCCUGGUCUGAUUUCCGGGCAGGAUUCAGAUCUCGGCCACACCGGUGUGAGACCGGAGUCACUGCUGACUCUGGCUGGGGGUGAGUGCGGAUGGGCCAGUGGGAUCAGCCUCUGCCGGCCUGGCUGCGGGGGCAGGACAGGGAGGCUCAGUUGUUAGUUGCUGCCACCAAAGGGCUCCGGCUAUUGCUAAGGGAGAGGAGGAGGCCGGGGUGUGUGUGUCUCUCCCUGCUCCUGUAAUUACAGCCCUGGAGUUGAGUUCCCUGGGUCAGAAGCUGCUGUCGCCUCCAUUUUGAGCUGGGAGUCCAGACUGAGCAGCAGAGUCAGGGCCUGGGAGAGACCUUCAUUAAAGCCCCUCUGCACCCAGUCCAGGUGGGCACUUUCAGCGGUAGCUGGAACCAGCUCCUGGGGCGGCCCCGGGCUCUGCUGACACCAGCCCCUGAGCCGGAGCCGGCAGCGUGGCAGAGUCUGUCUGCAGGGAGAGAGCCUGGGUGUAAUCGGGGUGUGACAUGGACUCAAGCCCCUUCUGACCCCCCCCCCCCCCCCCCCCCAUCGAAUUGCUCAUCUCACCCUGGCAGGCUGAGGAAUCACAUCCAGGUUUCUCUCCAGAUGGUCCCAUCUUCCAGGGGACAGGGAAGGGAAAUGGCUGUGAUGGAGCCAGUUCAGAUGCUGGUGACCUUCGAGGAGGUGGCUGUGUAUUUCACCCAGGGGCAGGGAGCUCUGCUGGACCCUGCUCAGAGAGCCCUCUACAGGGAUGUCAUGGAAGAGAAUUACGAGACGGUGACCUCGCUGGGAUUCUCCAGUCCCAAACCGGACCUGAUCGCCCGGCUGGAACGAGGGGAAGAGCCGUGGGUCCCGGAUCUCCAGGCCACUAAGGAAAGAGAGAGCCCAAGAGACACCCGCACAGCAGGUGAUAGGACAGUGAGUGAGAACAAGGAGGAGAAUCAGCAGCAGGAAGGUCCUCGGAAAGUGGAACCGCAGGGGAUAUUUUUGAGAAGAGCUGAAGGGAAUUUUUCCCAGAGCUUGGAACAGGGAGAAGCCUGGGGAGAUCAACACAGAUCAGAGAUGCAGCUGGGAAACUAUCCCAGGAACAAACUAGAUGAAUCUAUUGAACGUGGCGGAGGAUGCAAGGAUCCCAAGGAAACCACAGUCCAGCAGACAAGUCGCAGUGAAGAGAAACCCUACAAAUGCCUUGAGUGUGGGAAAAGAUUCCGUUUCAGUGCAAACCUUAUUAGCCAUGGGAGAACCCACACAGGAGAGAAGCCCUAUAAAUGCGUAGACUGUGGGAAAAGCUUCAGUGAGAAGCCAUGUCUUAUUAUACAUCAGAGACUGCACACAGGAGAGAGACCCUAUAAAUGCUUUGAGUGUGGGAAAAGUUUCCGUUUGAAAUCAACCCUUUAUACACAUCAGAAAACCCACACAGGAGAGAAACCCCAUAAAUGCCUGGACUGUGGGAAAACUUUCAGUUUCAAAUCUACUCUUAAUACACAUCAGAAAACCCACACAGGAGAGAAACCCUAUAAAUGCCUGGACUGUGGGAAAACUUUCAGUCGGCGCUCACACCUUACUCUACAUGGGCGAAUCCACACGGGAGAGAGACCCUAUAAAUGCCUCGAGUGUGGGAAAAGUUUCAGUGUGAAAUCAACCCUUAAUACACAUCAAAAAACCCACACAGGAGAGAAACCCCAUAAGUGCCUGGACUGUGGGAAAACUUUCAGUCGGCGCUCACACCUUACUCUACAUGGGCGAAUCCACACGGGAGAGAGACCCUAUAAAUGCCUCGAGUGUGGGAAAAGUUUCAGUUUGAAGUCAACCCUUAAUACUCAUCAGAAAACCCACACAGGAGAGAGACCCCAUAAAUGUUUGGACUGCGGGAAAAGCUUCAGUCAGCACUCACAUCUUACUAAUCAUAGGAAAAUCCAUAUGGCAGAGAGACCAUAUAAAUGCCUUAAGUGUGGGAAAAGUUUCAUUCAGCACUCAAACUUUAUUAGACAUCCGUGUCUGAAGACAAGAGAGAGACGCCAUAAAUGCCUUCAGUGUGAGAAAGUUUUUAUUACUGCAUCACACCUUGUUAGACAUGAGAGAACCCACACGGGAGAGAAACUGCAUAAAUGCUUGGACUGUGGGAAAACUUUCGGUGAGACCUCGUAUUUUAUUAAACAUAGGAGAAUCCACACAGGAAACAGACCUUAUAAAUGCCUUGAGUGUGGGAAAAGUUUUAUGGAAAGUUCAUCCCUUAUGAAACAUGGGCGAAUUCACACAGGAGAAAGACCGUAUAAAUGCCUCGAGUGUGGGAAAAGUUUUAUGGAAAGUUCAUACCUUACUAAACAUGGGAAAAUCCACACUGGAGAAAGGCCCUAUAAAUGCCUCAACUGUGGGAAAGGUUUUAUCACAAACUCAGCGCUUACUAACCAUAGGAGAAUUCACACGGGAGAAAGACCCUAUAAAUGCCUCGAAUGUGGGAAAAGUUUUAUGGAAAGUUCAUCCCUUACUAAACAUGGGAGAGUCCACACAGGAGAAAGACCCUAUAAAUGCGUUGAGUGUGGGAAAAGUUUCAGUUUGAAAUCAACCCUUAAUACACAUCAGAAAACCCACACAGGAGAGAAACCCCAUAAAUGCCUGGACUGUGGGAAAACUUUCAGUCGGCGCUCACACCUUACUCAACAUGGGAGAAUCCACACGAGGGAGAGACCUUAUAAAUGCCUUGACUUUGGGAAAAGCUUCAGUAAGAGCUCAGAGCUCACCAAACAUCAGAAAUCUGCAAGGGAGAGAGACCCUAUAAAUAGCUUGUCUGCAGGAAAAGAUUCAAUUUUACUUCACACUUCAGUGACCCGCACAGCAGAGACACAUUGAACGUCAGGGAAGGUUCAUUUGGUGCUCCUGGAGUAUCAGCAUCAGCAAAUCCGCACAGCGAAGAAACCUCUGAGAUGUUCUCAGUGUGGAAAAUGCUCCAAGUGGUGCUAACACCAUGUUGGACAUCAGAGACUCCUCCACACAGCAGGGAAAUUCUCUGAGUGCCCUGACAAGGGCUGGCCAUGGUGACAAACCCAUUUCCUCAUUCCCACACAUAUCAGGGGCAUUUGGCUCCCAAGGAUCCACCUGCCCAUCGCUGGGGUGAGGAUCCAGCAGCAGCCGGUCAGUGAACAUCUGGCUCUGCCUGGUUUAAGCAAACCCCAGGCAGAGGAGAAGCCCCCAUCAGCCCCUCCUCCCUGCUACAGCCCUGUCUACUGAGCUGAUGGGCCACAGGCGGGGGAAGGGAGAGAGAGAGAGAGAAACUCCUCCAAUUGGUCCCUCUUGCCUGGCUGAAAUUCUCCCCUCUCCCUUCCCCUUCCAGCUGGGAUCCCCCUGCCAUGGAGAUGAGGAGAAGGACACUUGGGCCAGGCCCCACCUUCACUCUAGACAUCUGUCCCCACCCCCAUCUUCCACCAGCCCCUGGGCUGGGCUUCCCCACUUACCUGGAGCUGUUCCCUACCAGGGGAGUGUACCUGGGGGCUGAUAACUCCUCCCCUCCCUGAAUCCCCCAGGGUGCUGGGCUCUGGGGGAUCAAAUAUUGAGGGACUGGGCCGAUGGGUUAGGGGGAGGAAACUGGGUGUUGAAUGGUUGGGGGUGGGGGAGCUGGGUGCUGGGAUAUCAAGUGUUUGAGGAUGAUGGGAUAAGAGGUGAGGGAGAGCACAGGGGUAGAGAGGUGCUGCCUCUCCUCACUCACCCCCUCUGCCCCUUCUCCCUGCCCCCGCUGCAUUCAGACAGCACCACUGAGAGGGGCCGAUUCCCACAGGGCCUUUUGUGGGACACGUGGAGAUCUCACCUCUGCCUAUGUAGCCUCAUUCUCUGAGGUUCUCUCUGUGGUCAGAAAUGUGGUUGGGAUUAGCCAGAGUAUCUCUAUAUCCCUCCACCAGGUUUCCUGGUGUAAACUGUCUGACCCUGGCAGAGCAGGUGCCAGCUCAUGCCAGAGCCCUAGACCAAUUCACUUGUGUAUUAGGAUAGGACAGAUCAAAGUGACUGUUAAAUGUAUACGUGUGUAGUUGGCGUUUAAACUUCAUGACAACUAA